AUGUCGCCCCGACCUCCCAGCCGACUCCUUGCCACGUAUGGAAUCCCUGCCGCGCACAGGGAAACAAAGCGACAGUUAAUAAUGACAGGAGGCAGAAGGAGCUCCGACCGCCCCCGGGACCCAGACCGAGUCGGGCCGCCGCCCGAGCCCCCGAAGGGCCGCAGCCCCCCGCGCAGGAGCCGCGCCCGACCCGGACAGGACCGUGAACGGCGCUUCGCUCCCAGACCCACCGCGCGCCCUUGCGAAGGCAGCGAAGCAGCCAAGUCAGCGUCCCGCCGCCUCAGUGGCACCUCCCGCCGACAUUUUAUACCCGGUGGCUCCCGGCUGACCUCGGCCCAGCCGCUCGCUCCGCGCCGCAGUCCCGGCUCCCGCGCAGGGCGCGCCCCCAGCCCACCAGUCACCGCCUUCCUCCCGACCUCCUCCCGCUCCCGCUGCCCUUCCUCGACUACGGGAGCGCACCGCCUCCUCCCACCCCGCCCACGCUCCUCGCGGGAACGAAGCGGAGGUCUCGCGGCGCCGUUCCCGGCCCCAGCUCCUCCGCUCCGCACCCACCGGCCGUGCCGCCGGCGCCGGCCCCGCCGCGGCACUGACCGACCUUGGGGUGAGGCGGCGCAGCGGGCCCGGAGAAGGCGGAGCGGGGGUGGAGCAGGGGUCGGGGGGACGACCCGGAAGGAGCGGGGGGAGCGCGGGAGCCAGUCACGCGGCGGCCCCGGCCUCGCGCGCGGACGGGGCGUGUGUCACGUGACGGCGCUGAAGUCGGGCGCGGGGCGGCGGUGA